UAGGGCUGAGAGAGUCUGCCGAGCUGUCUCGGGCGUCUCAGCCAGAAUGGAGGAGAAGCUGUAUGCAGGCGGGGAGGAUUAUACCAAAGAGUUCGACCCCCAGGACUACUUACGCACGUACUAUGCCUUCGACUCUGGCACCAUGGCCGAAAACGAAAUCCUCAAAUUUAACCUGGAAAACCUUUUCCAGACCUUCUCUGCAGGGGACAUCACGGGCGACCUCCUCAUCGACAUCGGCACGGGCCCAACCAUCUACCAGCUGCUGUUGGCCUGCGAGGCCUUCCGGGAGAUCAUCGUCUCGGACUACACGGAGCAGAACCUCCAGGAGCUGCGCAAGUGGCUGGGUCAGGAGCCGGGUGCCUACGACUGGUCCCCCGCCGUGCAGUACGUGUGCGAGCUGGAGGGAGACAGGAGCAAGUGGCCGGAGAAGGAGGCCAAGCUCCGGGGCGCCGUGUCGCGGCUGCUGCACUGUGACGUGCUGCGGGAGCAGCCGCUGGGCAGCGCGCAGGUGCGGCCGGCCGACUGCGUGCUGACCCUGCUGGCCCUGGAGAGCGCCUGCCCCGACGUGGCGGCCUACCGUGCAGCCGUGCGCGCACUCGUGGGGCUGCUGCGCCCCGGCGGCCACCUAGUCUGCAUGGCGGCGCUGCGCUCCCAGUUCUACAGGGUGGGCCCCAAGAAGUUCUUCGGGCUCUACCUGGAGAAGGAGACGGUGGAGCAGGCCCUGCAGGACGCCGGCUGCCGGGUGCUGCGCUGCGUGCACCGCCCCAUCAGCUACUCCGAGGGCUACUCCAUCAACGAGGGCGUCUGCUUCGUGGUGGCCCGCAAGGAGCCCUGAACCGCGCGGGGUGCGUCCUCGGCCCCACUCCAGGCCACCCCUGAUUCCCAGAGGCAGCCGGAGCCUGGACGCCACCCCUUUGUCGCUAGCAGCCCAGUCCCAGGUCCCAGGUGGAGAGCAGGGGUCUCCCUGCACCCCGGGACCGCGCCCUCGCCUACCGCUUGUGCUUCGUGCUGCAAAAACCAGCGAAAUAAACAGCUCCGCCGGUUGGGGUUUCCCCAAAGGCAGAGCCCGAGACAAGA